UAGAAAUCUUCAUAUUUGCGACGGAAAUUUGCGACGGAUUGAUAAUCCGUCGCUAAUUUUAUAUUUUCGCGACGGACUCUGCGACGGAAUGCUUAUCCGUUGCAAAUUAUCUUGAAAAGAAUGGCGGGAAAGCUCCCGCCAAGUUCGCGACGGACUGUCCGUCGCAAAGCCGUCGCUUUUUUGGCGGGAGCUUUCCCGCCUUGUGUUUUGUUUAAGAAGUUUGCGACGGAUGAAUUUGUCCGUCGCGAAUAUUUAUGUUGAAUGAAACGAAUCGUUUCAUUCAACAGCUUUGCGACGGAAAAAAAUCACCGUCGCAAACUUUCAAAACGUUUUGCGACGGAAUUAUGUUUCCGUCGCAAAAUGUGCAUCAAUGAAACGGUUCGUUUCAUUUAAAGCACAUUUUGCGACGGAAACAUAAGUCCGUCGCAAAACGUUUACCCUAAUAAAAAACCGAUUAGAACAAAACGCUCUCCAUUUUUACAAAACAAAAGAAAAAAUUGCCGUUCACUGUCGCCUGCGCCACGCCGUUCACUGUCGCCUGCACCACGCCGUUCACUGUCGCCACCACGCCGUUCCCUUUCUCAGCCGUUCACUGUCGCCACCACGCCGCCGACCGUUCCGUCCUCGCCACCACGCCGCCGUUCCCUCCUCUUCUCCGCCGUUUUCUUCAAUUUUUCCAGCGGCAUCCUCUUUCUCCGGCGCCGUCCUUCCCUUCCUCUCCGGCGUCCACCUGCUGCUUUAGCCCUUGAUAGCCCGCGCACCGUGGUACCGAUUGAUCCGGACGUUUCACCUUUUCUUUGCGGUUCUGCCCUUCAACAAGUAGGUUUUAUCGCUCAAUUAAUUUGAUUUAUUUUAGUUGGAAUAGAUUUUAUUUACGAUAAUCAACCUAAAUAAACCUCGAUUUUAUUCCCACCGAAUAAAAUCGUAAACCUAGCCGUAGAGUUCCCGUCCCGUGUGUUCAAGAGAUUGAACGACACGGGAUUGUACAGUUUGUACAGUUCGCAAAACUUGUGCUUCCGUAACUCGAUCACGAAAAACCAUAUAUGUCUAGUAGCGGUAGAAAAAUAUUCGGUUGUUUUCCAGCGUUUGUUCUCCGGGUGGAUGUUUAGUAUAUGUUUUGUAACGCUUAUUCCUCGAGGAAUAUAUAAUUAGCGUUACAACGCAUAUACUAAAUAUCGCACUAAAGGAGAACGACGCCGGAAGGCUGCCGAAUAUUUUUCUCCGUUGCUAGGCAUAUAUCGUGGCCGAGUUACGGGGCGCCUGUUUUGCGAAUGGGAUAGGGCCCUACCUUUUCAGCAGUCAAUUACAUUGACUUUGCUUAUCUCGAGUGAAAACCCCACCUCUAAUUAUCCGCGCUACAGAAAUGGAGACAGACCGCAGUUGGAUGUACAGGAGCCACACAAACGGGCUGCUAACCACAGGGUAUAAGGAGCAUGUGAAGGAGUUUGUCCGGUUUGCAUUACGGCAUCCGGCUUGUAUGAGUGGGGUACAGAUAAAAUGCCCCUGCCCUAAGAGAGGUUGUCGAAAUACAAGCUAUCGGGAUGUCGAUGAGGUGGAAUUCCAUCUAUUGAAGAAUGGGUUCGUGAAAGGUUACCAAGUAUGGGUUUUUCAUGGCGAAGGGAGCGUUUUGAACCCCCCUCCCCUUUCACAGUUACCAGAGCAGGAUGUUGAGUUCGACUAUGAAGAUGAGGGGCCAGGUGAGUUCAGUUCCGCUCAAAGAAUGAUUCUUGAUGCGGCCGGUCCAGAAAUAACGUUUCCUGAAGAUGAGCUCCCGAAUGCUGAAGCUCAAAAAUUUUAUGAUAUGAUGCGUGCGGCUGAAGAAGACAUAUGGCCUGGGAAUAGCAGACAUUCUCCAUUUUCUGCAUCUGCUAAAGUGAUGGAGAUCAAGUGUCGACAUAAGGGUUCGGUAGCUUUAGUUGACGACGUAUGCGGAUUGAUACAGGAGCUGCUCCCGGAGGACAACAAGAUGCCAACGAAUUUUGCUAAGAUUAAGAAGCUGGUCAAAGGUUUGGGGUUGCCGGUUGAGGUUAUUGAUUGUUGUUUCUAUAACUGUAUGAUUUAUUGGGGGGAGGACGCGGAUCUAACGCACUGCAAAGUUUGUAAUUAUGUGCGGUGGAAACCUGUGACCCAAGGAAAAUCCACAAAAAGAAAGGCUAACGUGCCAUAUAGUAAAAUGUUCUAUUUUCCAAUAACUCCGAGGCUACAGAGGUUGUACGCUUCGAAAGCCACUGCUCGGCAUAUGACCUGGCACGCAGACCACGAGAUGGAGGGUGAUAAGAUGUGCCACCCGUCCGACUCUCCGGCUUGGAAACGUUUUAGUGAACUGCAUUCUGAGUUUGCCGAUGAAGGGAGAAAUAUCAGAUUAGGCUUAUGCUCCGAUGGGUUUCAGCCAUUUACCAAUUUUGGGCAGCAGUAUUCCUCGUGGCCGGUCAUUUUGACGCCGUACAAUCUCCCCCCAGGCAUGUGCAUGAAGGAUGAGUUUAUGUUUUUAACGGUUUUGGUACCGGGGCCUAGAAACCCGAAACACCUAAUGGAUAUCUUCCUACAGCCGCUGAUUGCAGAGUUGAACCAACUGUGGAAAUGUGGAGUCCAGACAUAUGACGUUCAUAAGCGUCAGAAUUUUCAACUAAAAGCGGCUCUUAUGUGGACAAUAAAUGACUUUCCCGCUUAUUCUAUGUUGUCUGGUUGGAGCACUGCUGGUAGAAAAGCAUGCCCGUACUGCAUGGAAAACACUGAUGCAUUCACACUGGAUAAAAGCGGUAAACAAUCGUGGUUUGAUUGCCAUCGCAAGUUUUUGCCUCCGAAUCACCAAUUCCGUCGAAAUGUUACUGAUUUCCGUAAGGGGAAACGAGAGGUCGGCAAAAGGUUUGCAGGGGUGAGAACUGGAGAUGAACUGUUAGCAGAGAUUGAUCGACUGGGGUUUAAGAAGGCAUUUGAGCCUGGUGCAAAAGUUACUAAUGCAUUACUGUCAAAAGAUCAUGGGUGGAAUAAAAAAAGUAUCUUUUGGGAUUUGCCUUAUUGGAGAACGAAUGUAAUACGUCACAAUCUCGAUGUCAUGCACAUUGAGAAAAAUGUCUUCGAUAACAUUUUUAAUACCGUUCUCAAUAUCCCCGGGAAAACAAAAGACCAUGCAAAAUCUCGUGAAGAGUUGAACGACAUCUGUGAUCGGCCAGGGUUAGCUAAAGAUCCGGCAACUGGGCGAUUUCCAAAGGCAAUGUAUGCUUUGGAUAGGGAUUCAAAACGAGUUUUGCUUGAGUGGAUUCAGAAAAUAAAGUUUCCAGACGGGUACGCGUCAAACUUGUCUAGAUGUGUUGAUCUAAAGGGGUUGAAAAUGCAUGGAAUGAAAAGUCAUGACUGCCAUGUUUUUAUGCAACGACUUCUGCCAAUCGCCCUUCGGGAGCUACUUCCAAAAAACGUGUGGGAGCCUCUAACAGAGUUAAGUAUCUUCUUCAGGGAGUUAACUUCCACGUCACUGUCACAGGAAGAUCUAAACCGUAUGGAAACUGAGAUCCCAAAAAUCCUGUGUAAGUUGGAACGUAUAUUUCCACCCAGCUUUUUUGACUCUAUGGAGCAUCUCCCCGUGCAUCUUCCGUAUGAAGCUAUGAUGGCAGGACCGGUUCAGUAUCGCUGGAUGUAUCCAUUUGAAAGAUAUUUGAGGAAAUUGAAAAAAAAGGUCACUAAUAAAGGCAGGGUGGAAGGGAGCAUUAGUAGUGGAUAUCUGCAAGAAGAAAUCGCUAAAUUUGCAUCCUAUUAUUUUGCCGAAGGUGAUCCGAUGUUACCCGUGCGUUUGGGAAGAAAUGAAACUUGCGAUAUGGAUAUCGAUGACGAUGCCGACAGACUGGGAAUUUUUAAACCUAAGGGAAAGCCGUUGCGUGGUAGCGGUAGGAGAUAUCUUGAAGACGAUGAGAUCAUCGCUGCUCGGACCUAUAGUCGGGAAUCAUCCAGGGAGAAAUCGGAGAAAAACGGAAAAAUUAAAGUCAAGAAAAGCCCUCUUUCGAGUUCCCUCAGCCCCUUGCACUUGGGAGAGAACUGCAAAAGCACAAGGAGAAAUAGUAGAAACCUCUUAAAAGAGGUUGUUUGCGGUCGCAAGAGUCCAAAAAAAUCAAUGAAUGGAUACUAA